UGUGAGGACAUGUGUGGAGAAUAAACUCAAGUACGAAGAAACAGGAGAUUCUAGCCAUCUUCCUCUCCUCUGCCACUAUCCUGUUAAGGCUCAGAACUUGAGAAGUGAUCCAUAUUACCUGAAUUGCACCAACAAAGAAUGCAAGAAGCGGUUGUUAGGAAAAUGCGUGAUAAGGACGUGUUCGGCGACUCUAAGGUUUCACGUCGUCAACAUACGAACAGACAUCGAAUUCGUGCUGUUUGGCGGCGGCUUUGACACGCCUUGCAUUUUGAAAACAUCUCAGCCUCUGAGCUUUGCCAACCCAAACAGUCCCUUGUACGGACACCUGUCGUCGCCUGAUUCGACGGGAACUAAGAUGAGGAUAACUUGGGUGAGUGGAGAUAAUAAGUCUCAACAAGUCCGUUAUGGAAAUGGAUCCAGUACAGCCACAGCCCAAUCCAAUGUUUCUACCUUCUCACGGGAUGACAUGUGCAAAUGUGUCUUUAUUAAAAGUCCGGCCUCUGAUUUUGGGUGGCACGACCCUGGCUACAUCCAUACCGCAACCAUGACCGGGAUACGUCCUUCCACCUCUUACUCCUAUGUGUAUGGAAGUGAUUUGGUUGGAUGGAGUGAAAAUAUUACAUUCAAAACACCGCCUUUUGCCGGAGCCAAUGAGCUCAAGUUUAUUGCAUAUGGCGACAUGGGCGAGGCUCCACUUGACUCCUCAAUAGAACACUUCAUGCAGCCGGGAUCACUUAGAGUCGUCAAAGCUAUGGCUGAUGACGUGUCAUCUGGCCUUGUCGAUUCCAUUUUCCACAUCGGUGACAUAAGCUACGCGACGGGAUUUCUUGUAGAGUGGGACUACUUUAUGAGCCUCAUAUCCACACGACUCGCCUCCCGAGUUCCUUACAUGACCUCAAUCGGGAAUCACGAGAGGAAUUAUAUGGACUCUGCAUCGCUCUACAAAACAACAGACUCGGGAGGUGAAUGUGGAGUUCCUUACGAGACUUAUUUUCAGAUGCCAACGCCCGGAAAGGACAUGCCGUGGUACUCUAUUGAACAAGGGCCUGUGCAUUUUACGGUUAUCUCAACCGAGCAUAAUUGGUCUGUUAACUCGGAACAGUAUGAGUGGAUGAGAAAAGACAUGGCUGCAGUGGACAUAACAAAAACACCUUGGAUAAUAUUCACAGGGCAUAGACCAAUGUACACCACCAAUGAAAGAUACACCGGAUUGCAUAAUGUCGACCACAUGUUCAUUGAUGCAAUUGAGCCAUUGCUACUACAGAAUAAGGUGGAUCUGGUUCUGUUUGGGCACAUACACAACUAUGAGAGAACUUGUGUCGUUUAUCAAAAAAUGUGCCUAUCAAUGCCGACAAAAGAAGGGAAUGGGAUUGACACGUAUGAUAAUACUAACUACUCAGCUCCGAUUCAUGCCAUUAUUGGGAUGGCCGGAUUUACGAUCGAGGAAUUUCCAACAGAUAGGAAUAACAACUGGAGCUUGUCUAGGAUUGCUCAGUUCGGGUACAUUAGAGCGCAUGCUACUAGGAAUGAACUUAAAGUCGAGUUUGUGAAUGCAGAUACUAAGGAAGUUGGUGAUAGUUUCCGAAUCAUUAGGAACUGA